UUCCUUCCAAUAUAUGGACAUCGACCGAAGUUCCAAACCGAACUUUAUAUUCUCUACGAAAAUAACGCAGAGACUUAGGUAUCGUUGCAGCUUAGACAUAUACAUAUAUCUCCGGCUAUCUCCGGUGGACUUUCCGGCGUCGUCUUGCCGCCGGGAAUCUAUGGCUACAGAUCCGUCGUUCAACGUACGUUCCAAUGAGAUUAUUGCUCUCGACAACGGGAGAUUAUGCGUAUACGACGUCGAGGAGCUCCAGAAGAUAAGGGCCAUAAUAGAGAUGGAGAACCGGCGGAGUGAUGUAACGGCGUUAGGAGCGCCGUUAGUGGGGGUGGGAUCUCCGUUACGGUUUAGGGUGAAGAGAUCGCUGCAGAGGUUUUUGGAGAAGAGGAAGAAGAGAGGCCAGGCCCUCGCUCCUUUUUGCUCAUCUUCCACCUCAUCUCCCAAUUUCUAAUUAUUAUUAUUAUUUAAUAUGAAUUAAUAUAUGCUGAGUUGUUCUAUAGUUAGAUUGUUCGUUUCUUGAAUAAAUCUUUUGAGUUAAUAUGAA